AUGCCCACCUCGGUGGCUCCAGCCGCGCCGCCCGCCCGCGCCGCCUCGCCCGUAUCCGCCCACAAGAAGUUCAGCACCUUUGCAGGACUCAGAGAGCUUUCCACCCGCAGCUCCAAUCACGCCGGAUCACCCAACUCGAGCAGCAACCGCACCAGCAUCCGCGGCCUCUUUGACGAAGAUGGCAAUCCGGGCUCCACCAACGCCAGCCCCCGCAUCCCCGCCGCCGAACUCGACUCCAGGAUCGCAGACGCCAUCCCUCCCUCCUCCCUCGCCAGGUCUCUAGACGGGCCCUGGAGCAUCAGCGUCGCAGAGGCAAAGGACAAGCGCGAAGGUCGCAAGCGCAAGCAGCUCGUCGCCUCCUACACCCUCUACGUCACCACCCCCACCCACAACCUCACCCUCAUUCGCUCCGCCAACGACAUCACCGACCUCGACGCAAAGAUCUCCCAAGACUUCUCCACACACUCCCUCCCUCCCUUGCCCGUCCUGCCCGUAGCCGCGCCCCAGACCAGCGGUCGCAAGUUCUUCCAGACCAUCUCCCGCACCCUAUCCCCCGGCGCUUCCAAGUCCCGCGCCACCUUUGCCAGCUUCGCCGCAGAGCCAGCCUCGCCCGCCUCGCCCGCUUCCGACGCACUCAGAGCCGACGCCGCUUCGCCUCCGCCCUCGGCUCCCCUCUCGCCCCAGCCCGCCGAGAUGGCCAAACUUGCAUCGCACUCCACUACCACUCAGCUCGCCACCUACUUUACCGCUCUCGCCAACAACACUCAGCUCAGAGAUCACAAGACCUGGAAGCGCUUCCUUCGCGUCGGCAGCGACGACUUCCAGAGCGUCCGCGUAGAGCGUCGCGUGCGCAAGGUUCGCAGCGACCUGGCACAGCACGUCAAGUCCUCCGUCGCUCCCCGCAACACCAACGUCGGCGUCGCCCCGGCCCAGUCCGACCUCGAAGAGGACGGCGCUCCCACCGAAGACGACCUCGACCUCGACUCGGCAGACGACUCCUCGCGUGCGUCGGGCACUCCAGCUGGCAGGUUGAGCCGCGCCACCGUCGCCUCCCGAUCCGCAUCCGUCGACACCGCUUCCUCCGACCGACGUGGUCUCGCCGACGACGCCCGCUCCACCAACACCAACAUCGAGAUGAUCCCCGAAGAGCAGAACGCCGAGGACUCGGAAGCCAACACCGAGACCGAGCUCGGCGAGGCGCGAUCGCUCAAGAAGCGCCCCCACCAUCGCCGCAAGGGCUCCAACAAGGUCACCGUCGACGACUUUGAGAUGAUCCGCGUCCUCGGCAAGGGCUGUGCCGGCAAGGUGCUCCUUGUGCGUCACUCGGCAUCGCGCGGCCUCUACGCCAUGAAGUCGAUCCACAAGCGACACGUGCUUGCCCAUCAAGAGCUCCAACACACACUCACCGAACAGUCCGUCCUCAAGCGCAUGGCCAAGGACGUGCUCGACCCGUUCGUCGUGCGUCUCUGGUGGUCCUUCCACGACCGCAACAACCUCUACCUCGUCAUGGACUUCCACCCGGGAGGCGAUCUUGCCACCCAGCUCUCCCGAUGGGGCCGGCUCGGCCGCGACCGUGCCCGCUUCUACGCUGCCGAGAUCGUCGAGGGCGUCGAAGGCCUCCACAAGGCUGGUGUCAUCUAUCGCGAUCUCAAGCCCGAGAACGUCCUCAUCGGUGCCGACGGUCACAUUGUGCUCUCCGACUUUGGCCUCUCGAAGGAGUUCAGCAGCCGCAGUCGCUCCAUCGGCAGCGUCACGCCUCCGCCCACCUCGCCCGGCCGCUCGCAUUCCAGCGCCAGCGUGCCCAAGUCCAGAUCCGCACACUGGAUGUCCGCCUCGGACGAUGCAUCCGAAGCGCCCUCCAGAUCGUCGUCCACUCGCUGGCUCGACGAGCGCGAGACCACCACCACCUUUUGCGGCACCGCCGAGUACCUCGCGCCCGAGGUGCUCCAGGGCCAGGCGUACUCGUACGAAGUCGACUGGUGGAGCUUCGGCACCAUGCUCUACGAGAUGCUCACCGGCAUCACCCCCUUCUGGGCCGAGACGCACGCCGACAUGUACGCCAAGGUGCUGCGCGAUCCGCUCGUCUUCCCCGAGGACCGCGUGCUGGACCAGGACACCAAGAGCAUCCUGCGCGGUCUGCUGCAGCGCAAUCCGCAGCUGCGCAUGAAGGAGCCGCGGAUCAAGAAGCAUCCGUACUUUUCCAUGAUCGAGUGGGAUCACAUCUUCCACAAGCGAUACAUCCCGCCCUACAUCCCGCCCAUCGACCCGGACAACGAGAUCGACACGCAGAACUUUGACGAGACCUUCCUCGAGAUGCAGCCCACCGUGGCGCACGAGGCGGAUCCCAGCCUGGACGCCAACGCCGGCGAGGCCGAAGCAGACGCCAACGGAGUCAAGGCGGACGAGACCGUCGAUGGAGCCUUUGGUGCGAAUGACGCUGGUCUUGAAGCCACGCCGGAUCAGAGCAUGGACGACAGGGAGGCGUCGGAGCACAGCAACCUCUUUGACGGCUACUCGUUCCGCGGCCGCAAGGACUCGGAGUCGAUCAGCUCGCUCGUGUCGGCCGAUCAGCCGGAGGAGCCGUCCGAAGUGGGUGCCGCCCCAAGCUCACCCACGAGGCGAAGCACCAAGGUGUCGUCGGCGACGGCUGCCUCGAACGUGGAUGCCGCCUCAAUCGCUCCUACGGCGCCGGCUGCUCCUGCGGCCACGACGGCUGUGAAUCAUCAGCCAGCCAUGGGCGAGGUGCGCAAGCCCGCAGCGUCCGAGGCGGCGCAGCAGCUUUCGAUCGCCGACGUCGCCAUCGCCGAGGAGGAAGAGGACGACUCGGAUGUGCGCGCUGCCGCGGCCGUGCUGGCUCAGUUGGAGCACGAGGCGAGCAUGGAGGCGGCGUCGGUGGCUGGAGCGACGGCGCACAGCCGCGAGGCGACGACAACAGCUUCCGACUCGCAGAGCGACUUUUCGGCGAGCCAGGUGCAGAGUUCGCCGGCGAGCUCGUACGCCAGCCGCACGGGCGCGCCGCGCAAGGUGGCGCCGUCGGCGGUGGGGCGACCGAGCCACGGCGUGAUCCGCGAGAGCGACCACGAGGACGACGAUUGGGACAUGGUGGAGCUCUCGGGUCCGGACGGCGAGCUCAAGUCGGAGCUCAACGGCGGCAAGGGCACGAAUCUGUUUGCGCGCGGCGUGGUGGACACGUACCGGCUGCUGCGUCGACAGGACACGUCGCGCAUCCCGACGUCGGGCAGCCAUUCGUCGACGUCGAGCCGGCCGUUCAAUCGGCUGGGCAAGCGGCGCGAGGGCCACGGCGGAGCGUCGAUGCGGUCCAGGGCGUCGCGCGGCGAGCUGACGGCGGCGAGCAGCGUCAACACGAUCGCGCAGGGGGAGCAGGGAGAGGCGCGCGAUGCGGCGGUCGAGCAUGCGGCCGAGAAGAUGGCGGCGAGCGGAGGCAGGGCGUCGGCGCUGUCGGCAUCGUCGAAUACCCAGCUGAACCGGCGCUCGGCGGCGUCGCCUAGUCUGUCGGGCAGCGAGGAGACCAAGCACCAGGCGCGCCUCAAGAAGAUCAAGCGCUUCACCACGUUUUUUGAGCCGGCGUCGCACCGGUCGUAA